CUUUACCACAACGACUAAAAUUAAAAGUAUACAAGGCCGCUCGUUUAUUAGAAAUUUAUGCGGCGAAUUUUGCGUAUAAAUUCCGGAGUGACACCAGAGGUAGGAGUGACACUAGAGGCAGCAGAGGCAGGAGUGACACCAGAGCAGAGUGA